CAUUUAGCGGAUCAUGUGACUCGGGGCAGCCUAAGAAACAGGAUGUUAAUGCUUGACGGAAUGCCUGCAGUCCGAGUCAAAGCUGAGCCCCUGGAAUCGGAACAAGGGUCACCCAAAGUGCGCCCUUAUUCUGCGAUGGACGGCGUCCCUUUCUUCCUCAGCAGAGUUAAACCUGAACCCCCAGAAGACCUGCUCGCCCACGACCUGCACUUCCACACACAGACCGAGCCGGUCGACCUGUCAAUCAACAAACCCCGCCCCUCCUCCUUCUCCUCCUCAUCCGCCGCCCCCACCGCGACCUCAUCAUCAUCCCCCUGAUCCGCCUUCUCCCCGUCUUCGUUAUCGUCGUCAUCCUCCUCCUCCUCCUCUCCGUCGGUUAUCACCUCAGCCUCAUCGGUGCUCACGCCAGGCCCUCUGGUCGCCCCUGGAACCGGGGUGAGAGGUCAGCCGUAUUUGCACAUUCUGCACUCUGUGCCGCCGCCUCCAUCCAGCCCUCUGAGCCUGCAGGGAGCAACGAAGCUGGCCAGCCAUGUUCACCGAAUCCCAGUUGUGGUACAGUCACUGCCCCUCAUGUACACCACUGCCGUUCGAUCACCCUCCAGCCUCAACAACGCCAUCAUGCUACCUCUGCUGGACGAGGCCAAAAGCCAGGGCAAAGCACACACGGACCCCAACGGCCUGUCGCCAAGGCAGAUCAAGAGUGACAGCGACGACGACGACCUGCCAAACGUGACCUUGGACAGUGUUAAUGAGACCGGCUCCACUGCGCUGUCUAUAGCUCGCGCCGUACAAGAUUCCAUGUCCCCGUUCAGUAUUGACAGCAUACGGCGCCCCCGGAGGUCAGAGUCGCCCGAUUCCAAAAAGAGAAGAAUCCACAGAUGUGACUUUGAGGGCUGCAAUAAGGUGUACACCAAAAGCUCACAUUUAAAAGCACACAGGAGGACGCACACAGGGGAAAAGCCAUACAAAUGCACCUGGGACGGCUGCACCUGGAAGUUCGCCCGCUCCGACGAGCUGACGAGGCAUUACAGGAAACACACGGGGGUGAAGCCCUUCAAGUGUGCAGACUGUGACCGCAGCUUCUCCAGAUCCGACCACUUGGCCCUGCACCGACGGAGACACAUGCUGGUGUGAAUCGGACACGGGGUGGCGAAGAGAGGAGAGGUCAAUGGAAAGGACAUGCACACACACAUGCACACACAUAUACAGGCAGCCGGGGGAGCGGGAUCUCCCUGUGAAUUUUUUUUCAGCUGGCCUGGAUCGCACAUACUCACACACAUGCACACACACACACACAUACAUAGAUAGAUGCACACACACACACUCUCAUCGAUGGGAAAACGUGGAGACAGUGAAGACGGAUAGACGGACGAAGGUGCACAGAGCUUGCGGAGCACAAAACAGGGUCACUUCUGGAUCCUCUUUGGGUUGGAAGGAACGGACGGCAGGAUCUUUUAUCGUCAUUAUUUGGAGUCUAAUAGGGAACUGUCUUUUACAGCACUGUUCUUAAAUGUUUCACUUUGAUUUUUAAAGAUAAACUCGCACUCUUUAUUUGGACAAAAAAAAUCUAUAUAUAAUGCAAUUGCAACGUUCUCUCUUUUUUUUUGGUAUCUUCCUUUUCAUUAUUGUUCAAACGGCUGCUUUUUUCAGCGUUCAUAAUGUGAAAGACCUCGUUGUAAGGAAUGGAUGUCCCUGCAGGAAGGAAUCAGGCCCGGACUGGAUCACAGGAGAGGCGUAGAUGGACUGAACAGGCAGUAUUGUUUGCCUCCCUGUGAGUCUGAUUUGCGACCAGCAGAGGGCGCCAUUUAUUCACAGAUGUUUUCUUUUUCUCCCCCCACUCUGGAGUCUGCUGUUAGAUCUGAGGAACCCCUUAUGGAAGCUAAAAGAGGGCUGGACUUUCACCUUUUAUCACAGCCAGCAAGCAACAUUUACUCACAUAACCACGACCUGAAUGGAUCAACCUCAUCAGCACAUCGUUCUUUGCUUUAUUUCGAACAAUGGAAACUGCAUAUCAUCGCACCAGCAAAUACCAUUAAGGAUCCGCUCCCUCGGCUGGACAGACUCCCCCGAAUCUCAUCAGUGCUAUUCUUUAUGUUGAGCCUCUUGAAAGCAUUUUCUUAAAUACAAAUCUUUGGUGGAUUUUGAGCUGUGAUUAGCAAUCAGUCAAGUGCAAUCUUAAAGGAUAAAUAUACUUUCAGUAUGGAAAUGUUUUGUUUUAUUGACUCUUGCUUUUUUUUUCUCUCGCCUUUUUAAAAAAAAUGCCUGCUUAUUGCUUCUGUUUAAAAAAAUACAAACCCCUCAUGUACAGUGAACUUUGAAACAAUCAGAGGAGAAUUUCCAGUAUGUGAAGAAAAAAUAGAGGCACCUUACAGACUCAUGCUUUCAUUCUGUCCAAUCUGUUUUUAUUUUUUUUUAAUACAUUCGACUCUUUCUUUUCCCCUCAGUUUAAAAGAAAAAAAAAUGGAAUUUGUGUUGUGGUUUUGCACGGCACAGCAGCACUUGACCAUAAGCUGACAUCGAUACCGACCGAAGUGUUACAGGGAUAACAGUGUGGUACCCGGUGUACAAUACAGAAGAGCAAUACGUUCUGAACAAAGUGACGAGGCGGAAACGUCACCCUCCUCUUUGUUCUGUUUGCUGAUGUCAAUUCCCGAGGAGAAGUUUCCGGCUCGGCCGACUCCUCGUUCUGUAUCACGACUCCCUCUGUUACUGACUGGGCUUGUAGCUCCAAUCUGGCGCGUCUCAGCUGGUGAUUUGCUCCAUUUUUUUGUUUGUCUCGAACACAGAAAGUCACUUGAAAUGUCUUCACCUCAUACCAGAGUGUUGUUAAGAUUAUGAUUUGAUUUGCCUGAGAUUUGGUUCAACAAAAUGCUGAAAAAACUAAUGCAGGAAUUGCACACAUGCAUACACACAUAAUAAUAUAUUCUGUAUUUACAGCGAGAGGACGUUUUAGAUGCAGUUGCUGGCAGAAAUGUCUCUCGGUGAGCAUCACUUUACCUUAAUCAGGAGAUUCAAUUAGAAAUAUAUUUUUAUAGUCCUAAUAAGAGACGUCUUUGCAAGUAUUUCCAGCGCUCUUUAUGCCGUGUAAAAGCUUCUGACAUAAACCCGGAGCAUCAGGCCAACCUCGUGCUAUUUGAUAGUGCUGCCAAAUGCAUUUAUUGGACACAAGCCAGUAAAAAGAAAUGGUAACCUUUGUGAUUAUCCUACCUUGAAAUCCAUACACUCCCACACUAAUGCACACAAAAAUAUUUGGAUUCUCACUUUCACUCAAAUAGCCAAAUCCAGGAAGUAAUUUUCCACACACAACCUUCGGAUGUAAUUAAUGAAUGGUAAUGUAUGUUAUCAUUAUUUAUGUAUAUUUUCUUGUGCACAUGUCAUUAUGCCCGGUUGUAUUAUCAUUCUUGGCAACAAAAACAAAAAAAGAAGCAUAUCAGCACCUUGUUUGUUUAUUAGUAUAAUUUUAUUUCAGAUGUCAAUUUAUAAGCGAAUAAUCAUCAUCAUAUUUUAUCAUCCAUAUAAUGUAUUAGAACAUUUUUAUGAUUGAGGGGCACUUCGUCAUUGCAUAUAAACUCUUUUUCUUCUGUACAAAGGAUCUUUUGAAAUGUUGUAAUAUAUGUGAUAGUGAAGAUAAAAACUUAUUACAAAGUUCUACAUCCUGUAUAUACAUUGGAAAAAUAGGGCUUUUGAUCAGUAGAUGCAGGAAAUACAUUUAUACAUGUAAAGUCUUUUUUCAGAGACUGUAAUUUAUCUAAUUUGAUAUACAGUGAAAUGGGGCUAAUGGUAUCCAUCAUGUAAAUUAUCAUAUGUGAUGUUCUAUAACAGGUUGCUUUGUUUUUUUUUUUUUUUUUUUUUUGUUUUUUUGGGGGGGGUUUGUGGUUUAAACAAGUUCAUGAUCAAAUCAUUUUUAUUCCCAAGGCUGAACCAGUGUUUGCUAUAACCAACAAAUUAUUUAUAUACAUCGACCGUAUUAAAGGUACUCGAUUCCCUGUGUUGCUAUUUUGCUAUAACCGGACAAGAAAUUCUACGGAUCAAGCACAUAUCAACAACACAUGUACUCUUGUAUUCAGUAUGUGAUGUUGCAUGCCUUAAUGCACCAGUUUUUUGGAAAAAAAAAAAAAAUUAAUUAGACUUGAAGAUGGUGUCUCCACAGGACAGGGUGUAUUGUACUUCCCUUCAGCAUCUCUUUCCUCGUUUUAAAGCAUAAUUUUGUUACGGUAACCAGGGUCAAAGUUAUGCAAUAAUAAUGAAUAGUGCCUCAUAUCACACACUUGUAAUAUCAACUGCUCUGUGCAGAGUUUCGAUUUCAACACGCGUUGCUCCGACUAAUAAAUUUCAACCGAGAAACCCAGAAUUUUGGAGGACAAAAAAAAAACAAACACAAAAGCACAGACAACGUUAUGCAAGUCGGACCUCUAAUGUUGAACUUUGUUUUCGCACUGAGCCUUAUACCAUUGUGUCAAAUGCAGCAUCCUCCCAUAACACUCUGACAGGCUGUUUAUAGCACACAUUAUUACUUUGCUUGCAAUAAGUCACCUCCUCCAAGGGGAACAAAACCGAGUUACAAAAGGCCUCUUGAUGUUUCGGCUUCAGCACAUCAAUUCAACAUAGUGAUUCCAUGGAAGAUAAUGAGGAAUCGUACUCGCAGGAAAACAAUCCUGUGGCCGGGAUUCCAGCGGCGGUAGAGCGACGCCUUUGUUAGUGAUUACUGAUCUUACACUUUCUAUCAGUUGGAUAUAUAUUUUACUUUCUGUGUAACAUCUGCUUUUGAUUUCCUGGUUUUGAAGAUUUUUAAGUAGUGAAGCCAAUGCCUAUGUUUCAAGUUUGCUGAUAUUACGUACAGUAAUCGUUGUUUCUGUAUUUAUGUAAAGUGAGUGUAGUGUAAAUAUAUUCAGAUCUUUUCAUUCUUACCGUAAAAGAAGAAAAAAAAAUGUGAUAUUGCUCAGCAUUUGCUUCAAAAGGGAGAUUCUGCUCAUGGAAUUCCACAUCUGUAAAAGAAAAUUUUUAAUCCUGAUAUUUUUCAAAACUUCAAGGAAACAGGUGUCCUUUUCUUUUUUUUUUCUUUUCUUUCUUUCUGUUACACUUUUUUUUUCUUUUCUUUCCAAGAGUUGUUUAAGUAUCCAGUCAGUGUUUUGCCUUUUUCUCUGUAUUUUUCAUAUGGAUGGAGCUGUGAAAUUAAAAUAAGUUCAAACAUAUACAUGUAUAUUAAUAUGAAUGGAGGCAUGAAGGUUAAUAAAGUUGCAUUUUGUAUGUAACAGA